AUGGCCACGACGACCAGAACCACCCAACAUGCUCUGAGAACCCUUCGGGCUGCCUCAGCCCGGCCGUACGCCUCCUUCGCAGCCCGCGCCUACGCUUCCUCUGCGGAGCCUGAUCUCAAGGCCACCCUCCAGUCGGUCAUUCCCGAGAAGAGAGAAUUGCUGAAGCAAGUCAAGAGCCAUGCCGACAAGAAGAUUGGUGACAUCACCAUCGGCCAAGUCAUUGGCGGUAUGAGGACAAUGAAGUCCAUGGUCUGGGAGGGGAGCGUGUUGGAUGCCAACGAGGGUAUCCGUUUCCAUGGCCGAACCAUCGCCGACUGUCAGAACGAGCUUCCCAAGGGUACUUCUGGAACAGAGAUGCUGCCCGAGGCCAUGUUCUGGCUCCUAUUGACCGGCAAAGUCCCCUCGACGGCCCAAGUUCGCGCCUUGUCGCGCGAGUUGGCUGAGAAAUCAGAGCUCCCUUCCCACGUCGUGUCUAUGCUCCGCUCUUUCGACAAGAAUGUUCACCCCAUGACCCAACUGUCAUGUGCUGUUGCCGCCCUCAACACCGAGUCUGCGUUCGCGAAGAAGUAUGCAGAAGGCUUGAACAAGGCAGAGUACUGGGAGCCUACCUUUGAUGACAGCAUCAGCCUGUUGGCCAAAUUGCCCCGUGUCGCCGCAGCCAUCUUCGACAAAGCUGCUCUCGACAUGCCGCUGGAUCAGGAUCAGGAUUGGGCUUACAACUUUGCGAAGCUCCUUGGUAAGCCAGGCAAGGAGAACGAAGGAUUCCAGGACUUGCUCCGUCUCUACCUGGCUCUUCACGGCGAUCACGAAGGCGGCAACGUCUCAGCUCAUGCCACUCACCUUGUAGGGUCGGCGCUAUCCGAUCCCUUCUUGUCGUACUCUGCUGGCUUAUUGGGUUUGGCGGGCCCUUUGCACGGUCUCGCUGCCCAGGAAGUGCUCCGAUGGAUCUUGAAGAUGCAGUCUCAUAUCGGAGAAGACUUUUCCGAUCAGGACGUGAAGGACUACCUCUGGUCUACCCUGCGUUCGGGUCAAGUCGUGCCGGGUUACGGUCACGGGGUGCUUCGCAAGCCCGAUCCUCGGUUCAAGGCGUUGAUUGACUUUGGUGACGCUCGUGAAGACAUUGCGAAGAACCCUGUCUACCGGCUAGUGAAGAAGAACAGUGAGAUUGCGCCAGGCGUGCUGACCGAGCACGGCAAGACGAAGAAUCCCCACCCCAACGUGGACAGUGCAUCGGGUGUACUCUUCCACCAUUACGGCUUCAGAGAUCCCUUGUACUACACUGUCACAUUUGGUGUCAGCAGAGGUCUUGGUCCACUGGCACAACUCAUCUGGGAUCGCGCUCUGGGCAUGCCGAUUGAGCGACCUAAGAGCAUCAAUCUCGAAGGUUUGAUGAAAUUGGUUUGA